GCUCCAAGGUCGAGCCGUUGGGAAGUGGGCCUUUCCUCACCUGCCCCCAACCCACGUGCCUCUUCGUGCUGAAGGGCCCAGAAACCCCAGCCCGAGGGCUCCCACCACGCCUCCUCCUUUGAAAGGCCUGCUCCAGGCCCUGGGGUCCCUUGCAAGCCUGCGCACUGGAACGGGGGAGUGGGGGUCAUUAGGCCCUGCCGGACUUGCCCAGCUCUGGCUCCACCCAGGGCCCCUCAUGGGCAUGGAAUCCCUGUCUUCUCCCCAUCCCAGCUCUGCCCAGGGCUGCCCGCCUGUGGAUGACCCCCAGGCCUCCCUGCUGACCCACUGCCUCUGUCCAGUGCUCCCAGGACUGCCGGCUGAAGAGUCGCUGCUGGACUCCAGCCCCAUCACCAUGGGCAGCCCGGAGGGGCGCUUCCAUUUUGCCAUUGACCGUGGAGGCACCUUCACAGAUGUCUUUGCCCAGUGCCCAGGGGGGCACGUGAGGGUCUUAAAGCUGCUCUCAGAAGACCCCGCCAACUAUGUGGACGCACCCACCGAGGGCAUCCGCCGCAUCCUGGAGCAGGAGGGGGGCAUGCUGUUGCCGCGGGACCGGCCGCUGGACACCAGUCGCAUCGCCAGCAUCCGCAUGGGCACCACGGUAGCUACCAAUGCACUGCUGGAACGGCGCGGGGAGCGGGUGGCACUGCUGGUGACUCGCGGCUUCCGAGACCUGCUGCAUGUGGGCACCCAGGCCCGUGAAGACCUCUUUGACCUGGCCGUGCCCAUGCCCGAGAUGCUGUAUGAGGAGGUGCUGGAAGUGGACGAGCGUGUGGUGCUGUAUCGAGGGGAGCCGGGUGCUGGGACGCCCGUGAAAGGUACGGAUGCCCGAGUGUUGGGGCGCAGGGCAGCAGGCCCAGAUGGGCCUUUGACGGGGCAGCGGCGGGCUUCCCUGCAGGCCGCACAGGGGACCUGCUGGAGGUGCAGCAGCCUGUGGACCUGGGGGGCCUGCGAGGGAAGCUGGAGGGGCUCCUGUCCCGAGGCAUCCGCAGCCUGGCCGUGGUGCUCAUGCACUCAUACACGUGAGUGUGGGCUGGCUGGGGGCACGGGCGGCGGGUGGGCCAGCGGGUGGGCGGGUAGCUCAGCAGCACUCGGACGUCAUCGUAGGUGGGCCCAGCACGAGCAGCAGGUGGGCGCCCUGGCCCGGGAGCUGGGCUUCACACACGUGUCGCUGUCCUCGGAGGCCAUGCCCAUGGUGCGCAUCGUGCCUCGGGGGCACACUGCCUGCGCUGACGCCUACCUCACACCCACCAUCCAGCGCUACGUGCAGGGCUUCCGCCGUGGCUUCCAGGGUCAGCUCAAGGACGUGCAGGUGCUGUUCAUGCGCUCCGAUGGUGGCCUGGCGCCCGUGGACUCCUUCAGUGGCUCCCGCGCUGUGCUCUCGGGCCCUGCUGGCGGCGUGGUUGGUUACUCAGCCACCACCUACCGGGUGGAGGGUGGCCAUCCUGUCAUCGGCUUUGACAUGGGAGGCACGUCUACCGACGUGAGCCGCUAUGCUGGCGAAUUUGAGCACGUCUUCGAGGCCAGCACAGCUGGUGUCACCCUCCAGGCCCCCCAGCUGGACAUCAACACCGUGGCAGCUGGUGGGGGCUCCCGCCUCUUCUUCAGGUCAGGCCUCUUCGUGGUGGGGCCAGAGUCUGCAGGAGCCCACCCUGGCCCCGCCUGCUACCGCAAAGGAGGCCCUGUGACCGUGACGGAUGCUAAUCUGGUCCUGGGUCGCCUGCUGCCUGCCUCCUUCCCCUGCAUUUUUGGGCCGGGAGAGGACCAGCCACUGUCCCUGGAGGCGUCCCGAAAGGCCCUGGAGACUGUGGCCACUGAGGUCAACAGCUUCCUGACCAACGGGCCUUGUCCGGCCUCCCCACUGAGCCUGGAGGAGGUGGCCAUGGGGUUUGUGCGUGUGGCCAACGAGGCCAUGUGCCGGCCCAUCCGUGCGCUCACGCAGGCACGAGGCCACGACCCCUCGGCCCACGUGCUGGCUUGCUUUGGGGGAGCUGGUGGGCAGCACGCUUGCGCCAUUGCCCGGGCCCUGGGCAUGGACACCGUGCACAUUCAUAGGCAUAGUGGGCUGCUGUCAGCACUGGGGCUGGCCCUGGCAGACGUGGUACACGAGGCGCAGGAGCCCUGCUCCCUGCCCUAUGCUCCCGAGACCUUUGUGCAGCUGGACCAGAGGCUGAGCCGCCUGGAGGAGCAGUGUGUGGAUGCUCUGCGGGCCCAGGGCUUCCCCAGGGCCCAGAUCAGCACCGAGAGCUUCCUGCACCUGCGCUACCAGGGCACGGACUGCGCCCUGAUGGUGUCCGCCCACCAGCACCCAGCCACUGCCUGCUCACCCAGAGCGGGCGACUUUGGGGCAGGCUUCGUCGAGAGGUACAUGAGGGAGUUUGGCUUCACCAUCCCUGAGCGGCCAGUGGUGGUGGACGACGUGCGGGUGAGGGGCACUGGCCACAGUGGCCUUCGCCUCGAGUUCGUCCCGAAAGCCCAGAGUGGGCCUCCCCGGGUAGACAAGAUGACCCGUUGCUACUUCGAGGGGGGCUACCAGGAGACCCCCGUGUACCUGUUGGGCGAGCUGGGCGAUGGGCACAAGCUGCAGGGGCCCUGCCUCAUCAUUGACAGCAACAGUACCAUCCUGGUGGAGCCAGGCUGCCAGGCAGAGGUGACUGAGACUGGGGACAUCCGCAUCUCCGUGGGGGCUGAGGUCGCCAGCACGGUGGGUGCCCAGCUCGACCCCAUCCACCUGUCCAUCUUCUCCCACCGCUUCAUGAGCAUCGCUGAGCAGAUGGGCCGCAUCCUGCAGCGCACGGCCAUCUCCACCAACAUCAAGGAGCGCCUGGACUUCUCCUGUGCCCUCUUUGGGCCCGACGGAGGGCUGGUCUCCAACGCCCCUCACAUCCCCGUGCACCUGGGUGCCAUGCAGGAGACGGUGCAGUUCCAGAUCCAGCACUUGGGGGCUGACCUCCAUCCCGGCGACGUGCUGCUGAGCAAUCACCCCAGCGCGGGGGGCAGCCACCUGCCAGACCUGACCGUCAUCACACCGGUGUUUUGGCCGGGUCAGACGCGGCCUGUGUUCUACGUGGCCAGCCGCGGGCACCACGCGGACAUUGGGGGCACCACACCGGGCUCCAUGCCCCCCCACUCCACCACCCUGCAGCAGGAGGGCGCCGUCUUUCUGUCCUUCAGACUUGUCCAGGCGGGUGUCUUCCAGGAGGAGGCGGUAACUGAAGCCCUGCGGGCACCAGGCAAGAUUCCAGGCUGCAGCGGAACACGGAACCUGCAUGACAACCUGUCAGAUCUGCGUGCCCAGGUGGCAGCCAACCAGAAGGGCAUCCAGCUGGUGGGCGAGCUCAUUGGGCAGUAUGGUCUGGAUGUGGUGCAGGCCUACAUGGGCCAUAUUCAGGUGGGCCUGGGGGAAGGAGCAAGCGGGCAGCUCUGCGCCUGCCCCAGGCAGGUGGACGGAGGUGGGGGGCACCUGGCCCACCUGGAAGGUGGCGUGGCCGUUACUGAACGUACUUCCCACCAGGCAAACGCUGAGCUAGCUGUGCGAGACAUGCUUCGGGCCUUUGGAACCUCCCGGCAGGCCCGAGGCCUGCCCCUGGAGGUGUCUGCAGAGGACCACAUGGACGACGGUUCUCCCAUCCGACUCCGAGUGCAGAUCAACCUGAGUCAGGGUAGCGCGGUGUUUGAUUUCAGCGGCACGGGGCCCGAGGUGUUCGGCAACCUCAACGCGCCUCGGGCCAUCACACUGUCUGCGCUCAUCUACUGCCUUCGCUGUCUGGUCGGCUGCGACAUCCCACUCAACCAGGGCUGCCUGGCACCGGUGCGUGUUGUGAUCCCUAAGGGCUCCAUCCUGGACCCGUCCCCAGAGGCGGCGGUGGUGGGCGGCAACGUGCUUACGUCGCAGCGGGUGGUGGACGUCAUCCUGGGGGCCUUCGGGGCCUGCGCAGCUUCCCAGGGCUGCAUGAACAACGUGACCUUGGGCAACGCCCACAUGGGCUACUACGAGACGGUGGCGGGCGGCGCGGGCGCGGGCCCCGGCUGGCAUGGGCGCAGCGGCGUGCACAGCCACAUGACCAACACGCGCAUCACCGACCCCGAGAUCCUGGAGAGCAGGUACCCAGUUAUCCUGCGCCGCUUCGAGCUGAGACUGGGGUCUGGGGGGCGCGGCCGCUUCCGGGGCGGCGAUGGUGUUAUCCGCGAGCUGCUUUUUCGUGAGGAGGCGCUACUGUCGGUGCUGACCGAGCGCCGCGCCUUCCAGCCUUACGGCCUUAUGGGGGGUGAGCCCGGAACCCGUGGCCUAAACCUACUGAUCCGGAAGGACGGCCGGACAGUGAAUCUGGGUGGGAAGACCUCGGUGCCCGUGUGCCCCGGGGAUGUGUUCUGUCUCCGCACACCAGGCGGCGGGGGCUAUGGGGACCCAGAGGACCCCGCCCCACUGCCGGCGUCGCUGCUGCAGCCCAAAGCCUUCCCUGAGCGGGGCAGCGUCUAUGAGUACCGCAGGGCCCAGGAGACUGUGUGAGGGAGGGCCCCGUACAAUAAAGAUCCCUGAAGACGUCCUGUUCCAGUGGCGGCUGGCCAGGCUCA